AUGAUAAAAAUUCCUUUCAUCCUUUUACUUUUCUUUGCUUUCGUCUGUUUUUUAGCGACUAACAUUGCAGCUAUCAGUUAUAAUUCUUUGAGCCUCAAUGGUACGGUUGUAGGAAGUAUAGAAGAUCAGAGUGUAGUAUAUUACAACCUUUCUUGGCCAGGAGGACAGGCUGCGACCAUCAAUUUGACGCUUUCAACUUGCUCUACGUAUGAAGGUUCUAGCAGUUUAAUCCUCUAUGCGUCCAAUUAUUCUUUCGAUAAUUCGCUUGCUUUAGGAAAUUACUCGUAUUCUUUAACAGAUCUCGGGUUGACUUCUUUGUCGGUGACCGGGUACUCGCCGAUGUUCAUUGCGGUUUCUAGCAGUGAUUCUCAAUAUAGUAAAAGUUAUAUUGGGAACAAUCGUGAUACUUCUUCUAAUAGUGCUUACCAAACCCAGUAUGAGCUGUCUGCUGGAAAUAAUUUUACCUUUACUCAGUACAAUGAAGCGAAAUUUUUGUAUGCGCAAGAUACAGACUUUCAAGCGGCUCUGCUAAUUACUGGUAAUCUCACGACGAACGAUACGUCUGUCAUUCCAAACUAUGAAAUUUUUGUUAACCCAACCUACUCGACGUUUGAUAAACAAAUCGGGAAACUUUCAAAUUCGUUCUGUGCUUACCGAAGCAAUCCUUCUACCCUUAAUAUCAAUAAUGCAGAUUUGUCUAUGACAGUACGUGGUUUAGGUCCAUUUGCGAAGGAACAAUUUUACUUGAAAGGAUUAUCACCCAACACCUCAUAUACUGCAUAUCUGGUCAAGCCCAAUGCCAACGCAUCCGGCGGUACGACAUAUCCUCCUAUUACUUUUACGACAAAGGUUGGAACGACAUGUCAAUUAAUCUAUGAUUUGGAAUUUUGUUCUGAAGUAGCUUAUUCCGUUCCUGGAAAUUCUGCUUCGUAUUCAGCUUUAUCGUUAGCUUCAUGGUACGACCAGCAAGCUUUUGGCUAUUACAAAAACUUUACCUAUACGUUGGAUCAGUAUCCAUGCAAUGCCACAGCAUUAUCCAUUUAUUCUCUUCUUCGUAAUUGCAGUGAUUGUCUACAUAGCUAUAAGAAUUGGCUAUGUGCUGCUAUCAUCCCUCGUUGCGCAGAUAUAACGGAUAACAGCACUUUUCUUGUUUACAGGAAUAAUAACUCAAGAUAUCCAUUAAUUGACCAUGUCAUUCGACCCGGUCCAUAUAAAGAAGUCCUUCCGUGCUCUCAUCUUUGUUAUACGUUAGCUUCUAGUUGUCCUGCAGACUUAGGACUUGCUUGCCCUGACCAUGGAUAUGGAUUAGAAGAAUCUUAUGGUGAUAUUAGCAAUGCUACUGGUGUAAUUUCGUGUAAUGCACCUGGCGUGGAAUUUUACGAAAGCGUUGCAAGCUUAUUACAGAAACCUUGGUUAUCUUUCCUAAUUCUUUUUUUAACAUGGAGUUUAGUUCUUUAA